AUGGCAGAAGGCAAUCAGUCUACAGUGACUGAGUUCAUCCUUGCUGGAUUAACAAACAAACCAGAGCUGCAGCUGCCCCUUUUCCUACUCUUCCUUGGAAUCUUCCUGCUCACGGUGUUGGGGAACCUGGGAAUGAUCAUCCUGAUCCUGCUCAGCUCCCACCUGCACACCCCCAUGUACUUCUUCCUCAGCAGUCUGUCCUUCAUUGACCUGUGUUACUCCACUGUCAUCACCCCCAAAAUGCUGGUGAACUUUGUAAUAGAGAAGAAUGUCAUCUCCUACCAGGAAUGUAUGACCCAGCUCUAUUUCUUCCUUGCUUUUGUUAUAUCUGAGUGUCACAUGUUGGCUGCGAUGGCAUAUGACCGCUAUGUUGAUCCUUUCCAUUAUCCCUUCUUACAUUUUCAUUAUUGCCAGCAUCCUCCGCAUUCAAUCCACUGA